AUGGAUUCCCAGCGAAUGAUGAACCCAGAUCGCGAGCAAGGCUGUAGUGGUUCCAAGACGCCUCCUAGCUGGCUGUUCGCUGCCAAUUGUUACCCAUUGGGUAGCCCACGUCUUAACAUAUACUCGAAAACCAACAUGAUCAGUCAAGUGAUUGGGGCUUUGGGCCUUCAGUGCCGUCCAUUCCCUGAAGAUUUGAGAAGAGUAGGGGAUAAGUUGAAGGCCUCAAUGCCACCUGAGGAGAACCAAAAACAGCUCACACUAGCUUAUUGUAUCUUACUGGACGGGGUCCUCAUAUGUCGAGACAAGAAUCUGACAAUCGCCCCCGAAUAUGUAGAUAUGAUGCGCAAUAUGGAGUACUUUCUAGAGUUCCCGCGUGGUAGGAAAUCCUUCGAGAAAACUCUCUCGAGAUUUAUCCUGUUGGACCGAACGAAGAAGUGCCCCUUGCGGAAUUUAGAAACCAAAACCACUGCCUGUUAUGGUUUUCCGCUGGCCUUGCAACUAGUUUUUUUUGAAGCAGUCCCAAUGCUGCUUACUAAGAUUCCCGAACCAGAAAAUCUGAUGGAGAUUCUAUCCGAUUACGCCUUGCAUAGUACUAUAACACUUCUGCACAUGAACGAUGUCCUCGAGGUGGAGUCAGGCCCUAAGCAAUUGGAUGUGCUUGCCAACAUCAGAGAUAAAGAAGAUUCAAAUGUUGGCUGA